AUUGUUAAAUAAUUUGACUUGUUGAAUAGUUUUUACACAUCCAGUAAUAAAUUAUAAAGCUUCAUAAUCACUGGUCAAUGUUGGUGAAAAUCGAAGUAUCGACUUGCAAGAACGACAGAUUGAAAGCUCCUGCCAUCGUCGGGACGCUCAAUAACCACGAGAGAGUCUUACAAUGGCCAACGAAAGGAUAUCAGGUCGUUACAGAACAUCAUUACCAGUUCUGGGUCAUUCCGAAGUAAAUCUGUGCUCAAUGACGCUCCAGCUGGGCAAAGACAUCAGCAAGACCAGCAUGCCGGUCAUCUUUAACGAGCCCCUCUCUUUCUUGCAACGCGUCGCGGAAUAUAUGGAGUAUGCCGUAUUGCUCAAGCAGGCAUCCCAGCAAGAGUCGCCAGUCUUAAGGCUUCAGUACGUCGCAGCUUUCGCUGUGAGUGCCCUCGCUUCGAACUGGGAGCGCUUUGGAAAACCUUUCAAUCCUAUUUUGGGCGAGACAUACGAGUUGCAACGCGAAGAUUUCCGGAUAAUAUGCGAGCAGGUUUCGCAUCAUCCACCAGUGUCCGCGUUCUACGCUGACAGUGAGGAUUUCAUCUUUCAUGGCAGCAUCCAUCCUAAAUUGAAAUUCUGGGGGAAAUCACUAGAGGUACACCCGAAAGGAAUUGUCACGGUCGAAUUACCCAAAUGGAAGGAGUCCUACACUUGGCAAAACGUCAAUUGCAUCCUUCACAAUGUCUUGGUAGGCCAAUUAUGGAUGGAGCAGUCAGGCCCUUUGGAGAUCAGACAGCACGGAGGUGAUAAUUUAAAAGCUAAGCUAUGCUUUGUAAAAAGCACCUUGAACGGCAAGGACAUCCAUCGCGUCGAGGGAUUCAUAACGAAUCAAGAGAAAAGAAAAUUACUCUUCCUUUACGGUCAAUGGACCGAAAUUUUACGAUCGUGCGAGCCCUCAUUGUAUGAGGAAACGCUAGAGAAGAUCAAAUUAGAGGCCAAAAGCCCACAAGGCAGUCCGGGACACAAGAAAGUUUUGGCAAAGCUCCACAGUCUCAAAGUUGGAGCUUUCAAGCCCUUGCAUCAGGAUGCGAUAGAAGAGCCCUUUGGCAGUACGGUCGUUGACGAUAUUCCGAUUGUGGACGAGAUUCCAGGAUCUGUCACACUGUGGGAAGCUACACCGAGGCCCAGCAAUAGUUCGGAUUAUUAUCAGUUUACCACAUUCGCGAUGUCAUUGAACGAAUUGGAACCUGAUAUGGGAGAAAUCCUAUGUCCGACCGACUCUAGAUUGAGACCGGAUAUUCGCAAGCUGGAGAACGGCGAUCAGGAUGGGGCUGCAUCUGAGAAAGCUAGGCUGGAGGAAAAACAGAGGAAUAACCGCAAAGCGCGCAAGCAGAAGAAAGGAAACGAAUACGCUCCCAGGUGGUUCCAAUCUGGUAUAAGUCCUUACACAGGCCAAGAAGAUUGGAUAUAUCUGGGCGGAUAUUGGGACCGUAAUUACACCGAUGUUGAGGACAUCUUUUAAUGAAAACGGAGUUUGUUAUCUUCCAUUAAUCCGACUGACGCUUAUCCGACUGACGAAGAUCAGUAAAUUGGGCGACGUUAGUGAAAAAUUACAAAUAAAUUGCCUAAGAGGACAGGUGCGUAGCUCGAUAAUAGAUGCCAUUAGAAAUCAAUGUCUUUGUGUAAAGUAAUUAAAAGCAGAUCUUGCGUACGAGAUUCUUCGAGCGCAAAAUUGGAACUGGGAACUUCGUCCCACGCUCUUCGACGUGGGAAGAAAGCGAAUAGAAGAUACAAACGAAUAUCAUUCGAAAACUAAUCUCUGAGAAUCAGGAUUUCAGUUUUCGAACAUUCGAUUAUAUCAUUGAUUCGCGCUUCCUGUCUCCGACACUAUUUUUAUAAGAGGCCAUAUUGGAUCGGAAAGGCGAUUCUUUCAUAGUAUCUCUGCUUGAAGAAGCCAGUAAGAGACGACAGAAACUGAUUUGAAGUUUAUGUAGGAUGCAUUCUCUUUCCUAAGUUUAGAACGAUAUCAUAAUUCAGGAGAACUCUAUGUAACUUCAAUACAGACUGUCGUUUCAGUCUAGGUUUCUCAGUUAAACCAUCAAAUAUUUAUCCGCACAUUUAACGUUUUUCUAUCGAUCUGUCAAUUCAACCAAGUUACGUUUCGACGUUAAUACAAGAAUCGGACUUAGUUCUAUCCGAGGAAAAAAAUAUUCUUGUAUAUUUAUAUCAAAAAUAUACGUAAUAGAAAUGUAGAAGAAAUCUUGUAUCUUAUCAAUUGAGAAUGCAAUCUGAAAUUUAGA